GAUUCAGAUGAGGAACUCAGAUGAACAAAAUACAGGUCUGCCUCAGAGCUGAAAUCAUUAAUUCCCUCACAUAAACACCAUCUAAAUAAUGUAAUUAUGUCUUAAUACCAAUCAGGAGUAUUUUGUGGAUAUUUCUUGUUGACUUUAUGGAUUAUCUAUUCAUGGAUUACUUCAAGAAAAUAAAGAGACUAAACAACAGUCUUGUUUCAUCUAACACUGGUGAAGAGACGAUCACAGCUCAUUCUACCUUUUAUGUGAAUGGAAGCCACAAGACCACAAGUUCAGUUGGAGUUUGAAUGUAGUGUUCUGAGCUUAAGGUCGACAAUGUCUCAAUGCUGGAGGCAUAAAUGAAUACAGAGCUGUUCAUCAGUUCAGCAUAGCUGGAGUUCAAUCUGAGAAGGGAUGGGGAAUCAGGACUGGGAGGUGAAUUUGGUCAUCAGGUUUGCUGUUUUACUGCUCACACGGCCAGGUCUGUUUGCGAUGGAAAUACCACAGGAUGUCAUACAGCCCCCUACCAUCAUCAAACAGUCGGUGAAAGAUCAUAUUGUGGAGCCCAAAGAUCCCAUUGUCAUUGAGUGUGAAGCAACAGGAAACCCUCAGCCUGUUUUCACCUGGACCCGUAAUGGAAAGUACCUGAAUGUUGCCAGAGACUCCCAGGUGUCCAUGCGAAGGCGCUCAGGAACGUUGGAGAUCUUCUUCUAUGGCCGUCCGAAUGACUAUGAGGGGGAAUAUCAAUGUACUGCCACAAAUGAGUUUGGCUCAGCCAUCUCCAACAAGAUCAACCUAAGGGUUUCCAAGUCUCGAUCAUGGCCGAAAGAACACCUGGAGCCCAUGACAGUGUUCGUGGGAGAGCCGCUGGUCCUGUCAUGCAAUCCCCCUCCGGGUCCGCCAGAGCCAGCCACCUACUGGGUGAACAGCUCAAUGGUGCCAAUUCGUCAAAGCCGCAGGGUGUCCAAGGCUGAGAACGGGGACCUCUACUUCUCCUAUAUCUUGCCAGAGGACGCUUCCACAGACUACUGCUGCACGGCACGCUUCCCCUACACCUACACCAUACAUCAGAAAAGCCCAGUCAUUCUCCAGGUUUUAACAGUGCGUAGGCCGUCUGAAAAAGCGCCUGCCUUUAUGUACCCCCCAAAGAAGGCCACUUCCAAAAUCGCACUCCUGGGGGAAGAGUUGGUUCUGGAAUGCUUUGCGACGGGAGUUCCUGCACCUGUCAUUAAGUGGACCAAAGACUGGGACGAGAUGUCCCUGGAUGGCAAGAGGCUGGAGAGUUUCAACAAGAGACUUCGCAUCCUGUCUGUGUCCAUGGAUGAUGGGGGAGACUACACCUGCACAGCCUCCAACAAGAUGGGAUAUGUGGAGCGCACCAUCUCAGUCAGUGUCAAAGCGGCUCCAUUCUGGCUGGAGAAGCCAAAGCUCCUCAUUCUGUCCCGAGACAUGAGCGCGAAAUUGGUAUGUCAAGCUGAUGGCGUCCCAAGACCCAGUAUUCAGUGGCUGGUCAAUGGAGUGCCAGUUGAAGAAGCCGAGCAGAUCUCAAGCAGGCAAGUGUCUGGAGAAACUCUGAACUUCCGAGCUGUGACAGAAGAGACAACAGCUGUGUAUCAGUGCAACGCGUCCAACCCGUAUGGAUAUCUCCUGGCUAACGCCUUUGUCAGCGUCAUGGACCAGCGGGCACGUAUCCUGGGUCCAAGAGAUCAGCUGGUGAAAGUCAUUGAAGGCAGAAAGACGGUACUAGACUGCCCUUAUUUUGGAGCUCCAGCACCUGCGCUGCACUGGUCAAAGGGUGCGAUGGGCACCUUGGAGGGCGGUCGCUACAAGGUUUACAGAAACGGGACACUGGAGAUCCGCAAGACGAGGGUUGAUGACCAGGGCGUUUAUGUGUGCAUCGUCAGCAAUCUCAUGGGCAGAGAUGAGAAUCAGAUUCAGCUUGAGGUUAAAGAGCCCACUCAAGUCAUUCGCAAGCCACACAACGUUGUCAUCCUCCGUGGGGGAGAUGCCAAGUUUGAAUGUGCAGUCAAGCAUGACCUGACCAUGCUCCCCUCUGUCAACUGGGAGAAGAACAACAAGACCCUUUUCAUAGGAAGGAGAAUGCUGAAGGAGGAGGAUGCGCUGACUAUCGUCAAUGUCAACAAAGCAGAUGACGGCAUCUACAGCUGUGUCGUCAAAACCGAAUUGGAUGGCGUCGUAGUUUCUGCUCGACUCAAAGUAAUGGACCGCCCAGAGUCCCCAACAGACCUGGUGAUAUCAGACCCCUCAGAGCGCAGUGUGCGUCUCACCUGGACACCUGGUGACAGUAACCACAGUCCUAUCAAAGAGUACAUGGUGCAGACCAAAGAGGAGUGGUGGUUCCCCUCGGCCUGGAAGAACCUGACUACUUACCCUGGGAACCUAAACUCUGUCGUGCUGCAACUCUCCCCUUACCUGAGCUACCGGUUCCGCGUCAUCGCUGUUAACGCACUCGGCCAGAGUGAACCCAGCCGUGCAACGGAGUACUACCAGACUGGAGGAGCUGUGCCAGACGCCUUCCCGAAAAACAUCAGAGGAGUGGGAAGUGGAUUGUGGAGAAAUAACAUGGAAAUCACCUGGGAGCCCUUGCCAGAAAGAGACUGGAAUGGGCCCUAUUUGCAGUACAUGGUGUGGUGGCGGCGUCGAGAGUCAAGGGAGGAGUGGAAGAACGUCACCACCAGGUGGUGGUGGCACACCAUCUACGACACGGACACCUUCACUGCCUACGAGAUCAAAUUGCAGGCUAUCAACACCUUUGGCUAUGGCCCAGAGUCCCCAGUGGUCAUCGGCUACUCAGGAGAGGACCGGCCUCUUGAAGCUCCUGCAGAGCUGAGUGUGUCUGACAUGGAGAGCACCUCGGUGACUGUUAACUGGCACCCUGUUCCUCGCAGCAGUAUCAUGGGUGAGCUGAAGGAGUACAAGGUCUACUACUGGAGGGAGACUAGUCAGCUGCCUUGGCUGAGUGUAAGCAGACGGACAAAGUCCAAAGGUUUCGCUGCCUCGGGCCCACGGCUUUCCGGUGACCUAACAGGGUUAACCCCUUACAGUAACUACAGGAUAUACAUAGUGGUUGCAAACAGCCGCUAUGAGGGGCCUGCCAGUAGCACUAUUGAGUUCCAAACACCAGAGGGGGUGCCAUCUGCUCCACGCUCUUUCAAGAUUCAGCACCGACAUUUGGACACCAUCUAUGUAGAAUGGGAACGGCCGGCGGAACCCAAUGGCAUCCUAACAGGAUACAUAAUGAGAUAUCAGCUGUUGAAUGCAACCAGAGGGGAGAAAAUCCGUGAGGAGCACCUUCCUCCCAACAGGACCGAUCUCUCUGUCCAGCGGUUCGACCGCUACACACGCUACAAAUUCUCCUUGGCAGCACAGACUCAGGUCGGCAUAGGAGAGUUCUACACAGAGGAGUCGCCCCACUUCACGGAGGCUUACUCCACGGAUCAGGUGGACCUGGCCACACAGGGCUGGUUCAUCGGUUUGAUGUGUGCCAUUGCUCUCCUCGUGAUCAUCAUGCUUGUUGUGUUCUUCAUUAAGAGGAGCCGAGGGGGGAAGUACCCAGUGAGGGACAAAAAAGACUUUGCCUUGGAACCACUAGAUGAUAAGGAUCAAGAGGGAACAUUUGACUAUCGGUCUCUGGAAAGGAUAACUCGUGUUCCUACUCUCCCCUACACCCGAAGGGAGGAGGACAUCAGACAGCUCCAGCGGAGACGUGGCUCGGUGGACGGCAUUAUCAGGAGGACAGAGAGCGAUGACAGCCUUGUGGACUAUGGUGAGGGAGGGGAAAUCGAGUUCAACGAGGAUGGCUCAUUCAUUGGCCAGUACACAGGCAUUAGCAAGCAGUCAGAGAGGUCAGAGAAGGAGUACCAUGACAGCUCGGAAGCCACCUCACCUGCCCACACCAUAUACACACUGGCCUAGUUUAGCUGUCACUAUAGGCACCACAGAGGUCAGUGGGUACUAAACAGUGGGUGCCCACAAACCAGUGCGGCUGUCUAAGACGUUUUCCCACCACUGUUCAGUCAUGGAGAGAAAAUGGACUCUGCUUGUAUUUUUCAAGUGGGAUCAUAGAGGAGACAGCACUGACCUUACCCUUGUCCUUAUACUUUGGCUGUAGCUGAGUUUGGGAUAUAAAACAAGGGAGCAAAACAAAUGUUCUUUCACAGGAGAAGGCUGCCAAGUUUUUGGAUAAUCCCUUUAUGCUAAUAUUACCAAUAUGAUCCUGUCCUUUUUUUAUCUUUUCAAACUAAAGAGCAAAAAGUGGUUGUAUAACAGCCCUAUGGGGAAAGGGAAGGCGAUAUGUUUUAUCAUGUUGAUAAAGAGCAGUGAAGGGGCCGAUGGGUAUUUUAUGCAUUGCGUUAUGGCUCAGCCAAAGUUCAUCAAAUAUUUAUUCUCCUUUUUCCUGUCUAGCCCAGUAAUUUGAUUUCUUUACCCAUUUCUGAGUCUAUUAAUGAUGUGUUAUGUAAUGUAUUUGUAGACAGAAGCCUACUGCUUUUUUUUAUCAAACUGUCCUCCUUCUUCAAACAUAAGAACACAUAGAGUGUAUUAAUGCAUAGCUUUAAUACAUACAGUCCCUUGCACAUUUUUUUUUAAAUCUUUUAUGAUCUACACCAAUAUCAAUGAGUACUGAUACAGAGAAUUGAUGUUUAAAGUUAAAACUCACAGUAUAUUUAAGCCUUAUGUCUUCCAAUAUUUCAAAAUUAGGACAUAAUCCAUGUCUUCAACCAAUACGUUUCAAACAUAUAACAAAGAAUUCUGGGUAGGUUCUGUCAGUUGUAUAUCGCACUUUUGUUUAUCAUCUAUGGCCUAUGUAUUUCUGCACACUCAGGUAGCAUGUCCCAUAGUAUCAAAGGCUAAAGAGAAACAGGACUUACUGUGACUUAUAUUCUCUGCACUAACCUUUACAAUAACCUUUACAACAGGGAAGGUAAUGUUUCCUGUGCCAUUUUUCGGUUCUCAUUUUGGUGACCACAACUUCAUUGGAACUUCUGAUAUUCUGUAUUAGAGUUCAUGUAUACUGAAAUUGAUUAUACUGAUAGCCAUUAUGCAGUAAGAAUAGGAGAAAGUAAUUCAGUGUAAUAAGCCAUUUAAUGCUAAUUAUGUCUUUGCCUGUGUGUUUACUUUUGCUUUUAACCCUCUCUUGACUGUCGGACAUUUCCUCAUACAGUCUAGCAGGAUUUUGUACGCCAUACAUUGAUAUUAGUAUUGUGGUUUUAUAUGUGCAUUUUAGUACAGUUUUACUCUCAUAUCAUCUGUGAACUAAUUUGCUAAAUAAAAGUAUAAAAGAAAUCCCAAUAAACCCAGUGUUCAUUUUAAA